GCUAUUGGAAACUGGGAAAUGUGUUACACGUUUAGCUAUGAAGUGAUGAAAGACAGUUCUAAAGGCGUGUUUUGAGGAAUACUUGGAAGUGAAAGUUGGUGUGUUUUCUUCAGAAUUGUAAUACUUGUUGUUGCCUAAUAAAGGACCAAAUUUUGAAUGAAUGCUAAAAUACCCUGGCUGCAUUAGCAAAACAGCAAACUGUUCUGUUGGCAUUAGGUUCACACAUUUCCCAGUGCAGAAAGCUGGGAAAUCAAAGUAGUGUGGGGUGAGUGGUAAUUGCUGACUGGUAACCCUAAGUUGUCCUGCGGGAUUGUUUUAUAACACCAACUGCCUUGUGCAGCCUGUCGAUGCACACAUCGUUCUCCCAUGCAGCAUGCUGCAGAUUAUCCAGGCUGCUGCUUGAAGCCGUGCAUCAGCGUGGGGUGCUCCUGCUGCUGCGAUCUGAGCAGAACGGCUGAUUCUUCGUGACUUUUUCUUAAUUCAUCUGACGGCAGGUAUUUAAAACAAAAGAAAACAAGAGUGGUGGUGGUAACUCUUAGAAUUUAAGAUUUGAGCAGUCUGGCUGAAAAGUUUACCUGUACUGAAGGAACAUUCCUUUCAGCUACUAGCAAAGAGUCAGUGAUUAUUUCAGACAUCCCCCUAAGAUAAUGCUGACUGCCAUUUCCAUAGGCCCUGCUGUCAGCUAUGUUUCCAUACUGACACUAUUUACUGUUUGGUUCAUCCUUAGAACUGGAGCAGUUAGCAAGCUACUGGCUUCCAUGCUUUUUCUUCUCCCAGAAAAGUAUUUUAAGUUGGUUCUCUGUCAUCUUGUGGCAGAGAAAAGGGGAGAGCAGAGGUGGAGAUGCUGUCUAAAUCCUUGUUCUCUUGCUCUCAUCACAGUUAACAGAGCUUCUGUCUGACCUCACCUUUAAAACAAACAAAACAACCCCAAACCCACACUCAUUUCAGUGUUAACAGAGCUGUUAGCUUUUAGUAGAAAGGAAUGUUCUUCUGGUCAGCCUAAGUUUUGUAGCCAGACCUCUCGGUAAGUAUUGCUUUACCACUGCACAUCCUUGUUUAAAGACUCCUGCCCUGACUUCCCUGCUCUGCACAUACCAAACUGUCACUGACAUUAGCACAUUCUGGAGCUCCCUCUCUGCAGCAUCAGUUCUGUGUGUGUGAAUCAGCUGUUCCGUGUGCUUCCAACUGUGUGAGUUAUGAAUACUGUCAAUGAGGUGUCUCCAAGCUGACUAUUUCUUCAGUUUUUCCAGCUUUAUUUGUUGUGGAAAAAAUAAUCUCAGCCAACAUUUGACCCAGGGUAGCUAAGACAAAAGGCAUUCCUGAAUAGCAAUUAUAACUUCAGAGGGGGGCAGUGCAGCUUAUCUUAUUUCUUUACCUAAACUGUAAUAGUUUGCUGGAAAGCAACAAAACUGAAAUGUUUUUACAAGCAUUUAGAAUUUUUCUGAGGGAGUGUCUCCCAGCAUGGCACACCACAUCUCUGCCACAAUCCCUUCUUUCUUUUAGAACAUGUAGGCUGAGCGGGCACCGAUGUGUAUUGGGAUGCAUAAAUAGGAAUCUUUGUCUCCAGAGCUAAAGCACGCUGCAUUCCCCCAGCAAGGCGUGCUGAGAGACUGCUGAAGCUUCAGGCACUUUGAAGACCUCCUGCUUCCACUGAAAUAAAGUGUGAAACAGCAGAUUAAGAUGGAAGCGGAACGACUUCACGUUCUCAUGAGCCUGUUCUCUUGUGUUCAUCACAAGGCAGGGUCCUUCCCACCCGUAUAAAAACAUUAGUUUUGCGUGUAUCUCUUUUCUUUGUCCUUGAGAUGGCCUCCAGGGGUGAUAAAGUGAGAGUCAUACGAUCCACCUUGUGUGGAACUGGAAAUGGUUCUUAACAGACCCAGCUGUUUCGGAAAGGCAGAAGCCUGGUACAGGGAGAGGUCAAAGAAACAGUAACGGCUUAAAUAGCCAAGGCAUGUGCCAGGAGUAUGUGCAGCAGAAGCUUAGGGCGAAAACAUUGUAUUUCCCUAAAAAUGGUUAAGUAACAAAAGUCGUUGUGACACCGUUACCAUUGUGUAAAUAAGUUACUGCCGUAGCUGACUGUCCAUCGUCACCCUACUAUUCAUCUGUAAGAUAACUUUGUUCUUCUAAGACCUGUACAGAACAGCUUGCUGCAGAUGGCACACAAUUCACUUGCAGGCUCUUUACAGAUCAAUGAUUAUUUAAUUUUUAGCUACAAAGGUUACAGUCAGGUUAUAGAAACUGUUGCCACUUUGUCCCAACUAUUUAUUUUUCCAUUACCAUACAAACAAACAGCUGGUUAAACCUAUGCACAUAACAACAGAAAGCAGCACAGACAACUUAAAUGAGUAACAAUUAACUUCUCACAUUGGACUGCACAGCAAUUAAAUGCAAAAGUAAUUUUUAUUUACUAAAAAUUCCCAAAGCUUGAGUACAUCCACAUUUGACUACGUAUAUAUUUAACCACAUAUUGUAAUGUUUCUUGUUUUGGUCUCAGUGUUCUAAAAGCUGGUUAGCAAGAAAUGAUGUUCAAUUUUCUGUGUUUAUAUUGAACUUCACUCUCUCUUCAUAAAAUUUAAGGGGAAAAAAGUCAUUCUGUUGCACUCUUUCGCCACAAGAGAGGCUGCAUUGAACUCAGCAGUUCAAUUUUGAGCAUAGUGAACAAAGAGAAGUUGUUUGAUAAAAGCCUCUCUCUGUAUCACUAAAUACUAAAACUAAAGUGGUGACCUAAUAGGAAUGUUACUGGAGCACUGUUGUAAUGAUGGGCUUGACUUCAGUACCUUUUUACAGUGUGUUGUGGGUCAGCAUUAGAGAAAGCAUCUUCAUAGAUGGCAAAUUUGUCCUGAAGUGGCAGCUAUAGAUGAGUAAUUUGCCCAAGUAUAAACAAAUCAAAGGGUCAGCAAUCAGAACCAUUCCUUGCAUGAUAGAGCUUCCUUUAUCUUUUGGACACCGUCAUCAUUACAGAAAGCUGUGUCACCUGUCAGAUAUUGUAGAUUUUUAGGAAGUCUGUUGGAAACUCAGACACAUUCAUUUAGAUCGUGCUUUGCUGCCUUAUUGCUGGUGAGAUUAAUGGAUGAAGUGAGCAGCCCCAGCAGGAAGCAGCCAUUUCCCAGAGCACCGUACUUUGUGAAGUUUUCCAUUGCUCCCUGAAGGCGUGGGAUCCAAGGCUGCUCCUUUACAACGUUUUCUUAUCAGCAGUUCUUGCAGGGGAUGCUUUACUGCAAUUUGUUUUAAACCAGAGCAACAUAACUGUUUUAUAUUUGCAGUAAGAACGUACGGAAGAAAAUAGUUAAUAUUCCAUGCAGCAGUAAAUCUAAAUCAGCGUUCUGCACACACACUGGGAUAAAACAACCACGAAGAAAUGUAUUAUUUACAUUGAGAUUAUCUGGUUGUGCACAUUGUUAAGUUUAAAUAGAUGCCAGAAAUUUUAUCUAGAUGUGCACCUGCCUAGCACAGCGAGCAAUCCCUAACUGGUAUUUGCAGGGGAGAUAGGCUUACAGUCGUUCCUUCUCUCCUUUUAAGUACAAUCAAGCAGAUGUAGAACUUUGGGUUGAUGCGGAAUGCAUUUUUCACAUAAUGCCUGGGGGGAGAUAAGGAAUGACUAAAAUAAAUUGCAGUUAGACAACAUCAUCAUCAUUCAUAUGAUCUGCUCACAAUUAUAGUUCUGUCCUGUGUCCAGCAGCAGCCUCGCUGCUCGGAAAAUAGACGCACAUGCAUCCUAAGGCAAUGCAGGCCAACAGAUGGUCUCUGCUGAACUGCAGUAGCGUUUGGAGCUGUUCUAAGGAAAUGCUAUAUUCCUAUCUACAGAAAAAAAAACCUGAAUAAAUAAUGGUGAAAGAAUUGUUCAGCCAUCACAGCCAUGUAUUUGUAAACAGUGAGGAAGCGAAGGGCUGUAGCGCACUGAGCCUUGCAGGGAGCUGGGCUCCAUAGGGGGUAGCUGGUUUGGAAGGAGGAAGGAGUAGGGAAUCACUGGCAUAAGCAGCUGAUCAGUGCUGGGGUGGCAGCACCUCGUGGCCAAAAAAGGGCUUGAAGCUUUUUUUUUUUCCUUCUUGGUUAAUGAUGGUUAUGAAUAAAAUUUAGCCUUUAUUGGGAAGCAAAACAUACAUAUGAAUUCACCCCUCACUAGCUCAGUUGUGCAGCUGGUAAAAACUGUACAUCUGCUUCCUAUUCCUCAAUUAUAGGAACUUAGAGUACUUCAGCUCUCCAGGAGUGAUGUUCUUACGCUGCAAAGGGAAACACUGCAACCUGCAGGCGUUCUCCCCUUCAGACUUCUUUGGCUCACGGGGUUUAUGAAACGCACAAGCAGGCAGUUUUCCCAUGCAUGGGUAACACCCAGUGACGGACAAGGUCAGCCUCUAACUGGGCUUUUCUUGCAGCACUGCAACAAGGACAAGCAGCCAAAGGAGGGAGAAUUUAGAAACCCUUAAAUACGACUUGAGGUGUCUGUCAGUGUAUUGUUUUAUGCUUCCUGUUCUGGGAAUGCUAAGAAUGAGCCAUUCUCCGAAUGAGAGCAGUUGACCUGUUGUUUUGCAGAGGACUUGUAUAAAUUUGCACAUUCAGUGGCACCUCGGGAUGCUUAUAUCCCACACUGUGAUAACUGAACGCUGGAGGUGCUCGGGGUCUCCAUGCUGUCCCUCCCCAGUACCCUUCCUGCCUGCUUGUCCCAGUCCCACACGCUCACCUUGGUGAGCUGUAAGGAGUCACUCAUGGCAGCUCAGGAAGUGUUAUUUGCUGCAGUGCACACAUUUUUGUACUUUGUUUAAAUGUGUCACAGCUGAAUCGCCACUCUUUGCAAGCAUCCAGUUAGAGACUGACAGUGUUGACAAGGAGAAAUGCAACCAGGUGUUUUAGAGUAGGAUAGUUCUUUUAGUAGCUUCAGUAUGUCAUUUUUCUUAACGAACCAGUAACGUUGGUAACCAGUACCACACGUGGAGUAACAACAUUUCUCCCAUCCAACCAUUACAGGUUUGAUUGCAAGCCUAUAUCAUAGAUUGCUCUGCACAUGCUUGAAAAUAGCAUGUCUCAGUCCUCAGGGUUACGGUACCUGUGUGCAGCAGCUGGUGAAGUUGCCCAGCAGACAGAGGCUACAGAGAGUUGAGGAGCAGCUGCAGGAAGGCAGAGCUGCUGGCUGGCUGAGCGUACUCUGUGGGGGAAGAAAACCAGUGUUUUGUGAGCAGAACAGUGGUGUUUAUACAGAGUUGGUGAAAAUCUCCACACAAAUAUGAGUUAAGUGAACUACUGCAAUAGUUAACAGAACUUCAUACCAUACAUAAAAGAUCUGUAAGGACCGUAGAUGUGUAAGGACCAUGAAGAGCUGUAUUAAAGACUGCAGGAGAGGAACAGCCAUCCCCUGAAUCUCCUGGGGAUGGCAAACAGCAGAACGGUACCUGAGCCCUGCUGGCUGUGCCCUCCCUCAGAGCGGCCAGGCGUGGGGCUGAGCAGGUGGCUGUGAGAAGGGCAGAAAGAACUCAGGGAAUGGGAACAUAAGGGGCAGGAAGCAGGUGCCUCUCUGGGUGGCUCUGCAGCAGAUGAUCGGUGCUGGGCUCUGCGCAGCGGCUGCUGAUGGUUCGCACUGCGUUUUGAGUGUGCCACCACAAAAGGCUGAGGAUAGAAUUCAGAAUUAUUUGUGAUGUAUUAAACAUACUGAGGACCACAGACAUACUUACAGUGUUUAAAGCUAAAAAAACUUCCUAUGAGGAAAGGGGCUGCACGGAAGCCCACAGAGAGGCAUCAAAGCCAGUAAAGACACUGGUGAUGGUGAGGACAGGUCUAAUUCUCACUCGCUGUGCUGUGAUUUCUCAGCUGCAGGUGGUGUGAUGCAGCAGCCCUGCCUGCAGUUCCAGCAGAGGUGCCAGUGAUGUUACAUGGAGCAGGCUGCAAAUCCUAAACUCCAUCUCUUAAGAUUACUCCCCCAAAAAAACAUCCAGCUCAACUUUGCCUCAGCAUCCCAUCCAGACAGUGCUGCUGCCUGGCAGGCUCCACCACUAAGGAGAUACUUCCUGUCCUGCAAGGAAGGAAUUUCAACCUAAUGGUGGGGGAAGUUUCCAUUACAAGACAAACAAACAGAAAAAGGAGCACAUCAGCACCACGACUGGAAUAAUCAGAAGGGAGAGUAACAACUUUCAGCGACUUAAGGUAAAGCAGGAAUACAAGGAAAGAACAAAGAAGUGUGCUGACAAAGCAAUGUGUGGCGAUGGAGGUUGCCUUAUGCUGGGAGGUAAGUUCUUAACAAGGACAAACUGCAGUAGCAGGAGAUUCACUUUAGGUAUUUUGAAGAGAAAGUCUUCCUGACCUACAGACAUGAGAAUUUACAUAACAAUUUGCAUCGGAUGCCCAGGAACUGGGCCUGAAUGAAAUACAGGAUAGCCACAAUACACAGAACGAGAGAAAAACAGAUAAAGUUGUAGAGGAGAGAUGAAGACAUGGAAUAACCACAUUGAUGCUGAGCUGUGAAUUAGAAUUCCGGAGACAGAUAUCAAAGAUGGACGUCAAGGACGUCAGAGGACAAGCUGCUGAAUCAUCAGCUAAACAGAAAGUUUUACCAUGACAAACCAUAAUAACUGAGCAGUGAAACCCUCACUUUCCUUCGAUAAGAAGUGCUUGGCCCCCAGCUCCAUCCUGUAAACAACUACAAGGAACCUUCAGAGCAAGACAACCAUCUCUGGGAGCUGGCCUAGCAUUUAGAGUGCUCACCUAGAGGUUGACCUCACUGGACUGAAGGAUGUGGGUUCAAGCCCUGUUCUGGCAACCAGCCCAUGGAAGAAUGGCCAGCAGCCCUGGGAGUAAUGCAUCCCUCUCCGAUCAGAAAGGCACACGCUCAGAAGGCUCUCAAGCAAAGAAGUCUCAGCAUGCAGAAGAAGCCAUCUUUUACAAGAGCUGUCGGGCAGCUUAUCUGACUGUUUUAAAAAGCAGUUUAGAAAAUAUUAAGUCAAAAGAACAACUCACCUUGGUACUUCAACAGGCUGGAAGAAACCCAUCUCAGAAGACAGUUAAUAAAUACUGGACUUCACAAACAACCACGCUGAAUUUUGAUGAUUUUUGUACUAUUUUAAAAGAAGAAACACCAGCCACAAAAACUGAAUUGCUUGAAGCAUUUGGGAAAAUAGACACAGAUAACACUGGUUAUAUUUUACAUGAUGAGCUUCAUAAACUUCUGACAACAGAAGGUGAAAAAAUGACUUUGGAUGAAGUGAGUGCAAUAACUAAACUACCUGAUUUUAAUUGCAAUGGCAAGCUUGAUUACAAGAAGUUUUGUGACUUAUAUACGACAACGAGUGAGCAGUGCUGCAGGACUGCACUGGAGAAACUGGAGGCUGAUAGUCGAUUGAGGCAUCGGCAGUUUGGAAGUGAAGCUGAAACUGCCCCUGAAGGGAUCACACUGCCAGGAUCAAAACCAUCACUGAAAAUUGUGAGGAAAACUGACCACAAACCAGCGCCAACCAAAGGUGAUAGCAGAACUCCUUCAAGAUCAGCUCAAAGCUGCAAAGCAUCCAGUUCUUCCACUAUCAGCAUGUGUGCCAGUAGCAGCAGAAGCACAAACCUAAUUGAGCCGAACACGAUGAAGGAAUGGCAAUGUGCACAAUCCAGAGGAUGCUUCUACCUAGAGGAAGAUGGUGAAAUCGUUAGUCAUAAGUACAGGUUGCAUUUACCUCAAAGGUCUACCGUGUGUAUAACUAUCAAGCCUUUACACCUUCGUCAAAUAGAAGGAAAAUCUUGUCACUGGCUGUCAGUGGAUACGGUGUUGUAUGUUCUGAAGGAAAAUGAAACCCAAGAAAAUCUGCAGCUUGUGUGCUUUACUGACCAACAAAACAAAGAGAUGUUUGGAUGGAAAGGGGAGCUUCCAUCAGGAGUUUACUGGCUACUCCCAUUCACAACAGGCUGUAGGCUGAAAAAGGUAAAAUCACAAAUUACUGGAGAAGCAAAACUGGUGUAUAGAGAUGAAGAUGGUGAACUGGCUCUUACCAAAGAGUUCCGAGCAGCUUUAUUGGAUAUAUUUGAAACAAUUGAUUUGGAUGGAAAUGGCCUUCUGAGUUUGGAGGAAUACAAUUUCUUUGAAUUGAGAACUAGUGGUGAAACAUGUGAUGAGGAAGUGUGGGCUGUAUGUAAGGAGAAUUUUGAUAUGAAGAAGAAUGAACUAACAAGACAAGGAUUUAUGGAUCUGAAUCUCAUGGAAGCCAAUGACCGUGAAGGGGAUCCUAGUGACCUUUGGGUCACUUUAUUGUCACUGGGCUACAAUAAAGCAUUAGAAAUGACAGAGGCAUGCCCCUUUGUCAUCGACAUCUAUGCAGAAAAAUGCAAACCCAGAAUUAAAGCCAUAUAUCUAGAGGCAGGCAGCUGGCAACUCAACAGGGCUAUCUGCAAGUCUGUUGUUAAUAAAGGAGAUGCCAAAGUAAUGGAUGGCUGUGAAAACAUAAUUGUCUAUACCUAUAGAACUGGCAUGCGAAUCACUUCUGUUAUUGAAAAUAAGUCUGAUAACAAAGUGAUUGUUCACGUCAACAAUGAGCAGAGUAGGAACUGCCUAAGUAAUAGAGGCCUUGCUGUUUUUGCUGUGGAAGUGGCACCAAAAUCUAUGAUGGUUUCUCAGCAUGUGAUGCCACUGAACGAGCAGGAAGAAUGGCUGUAUAAUUGUGUGCAUUCUCUCUUACGCUAAACACUGUAGUCAGAGUGCUGCUUCUUGGCAAUGUUUAAAUCACAGCCUCUGCAACAGAACUUCUAGGUGCGUCCUCCAAAGCUGGUACGCUUCUCAGUUUCAUUUGUUAAAGCCAAUGAAUCAUAUAAGUACUUAUUUCUGGUAUCCCGUGUCUGCUAAUAGCUUUUAAGAAACACAAAUACUGAUAGCAUAGGGAUGGAAUAACUGCAAGUCUGUAAAAUUGCUUGACACAGUGGAAUGUUCACAUGCUGUCUAAUGAAAUACACCAUCCUGAAAGCGCUGGGACACUAAAAAUGAGUUCUGUUUGGUGAUACAGCUGGCAGUUGUCAUAGAAUUGUGUUUCAUAAGGGCUGUUUCCCCAAAUAUGCCCUCAUUUGCUGUAAUAGCUAAUGUAGUUCCAUCACGUACUGGAACUGCUUCACUGAGAAAAACCUUUGUUAAAUUGAUCUGAUGGAUUCCUAAUUGAACACUGCCAUGAUUUUUAUGUGAGAGAUAAAAAGGGGUGGGGUUAUUUAUCUCCUGAUAAAGGAUUUGAUUUUUUUUUGUCAUUUGAUAAUACCUUGUUCUUUUAAAAUACCCUUUUAUAUGAAAUAAAAUGUGCCUUUUCACAUGCAA